AUGAGUUUUUCAGAGAACGUCCCCCACGCUUUAGUGGUUACAGCGCACCAGUCUCUCCCUCCACUGCAACCUGAGGCGCCGCCUGCAGUCCAGCGUAUUCAGAGAGUGCCAUCAUUUGUCGCGCUAGAAAAGAUUGCUCAGAUACAAAACAAAACGCCUUUCGGCCUCUCGCGUUGGGUCCUUCUCGGUAUCUAUCUGUUAUAUGCGUUUCUAGCCGGGCCGUGCUACUGGAACUGGACAGCCUUUGCCGAUAUAUUUUUCCUACGUGGUGAGUAUGUAUGGGACUGCGAGCCGAAUACACUUGAUCCGACAAAAGGUAUUCAGCAACCAAAGUGUGAUACCCAAGAUGUGUCAGUUCAGCGGCUUUUCACGAUUACCGUGGCAUGCGAUUUCUCUUUUUCGUGCCUCGCUGGGUUUCUCCUCGAUUAUGCGGGUCCGCGUCUUACAGGCGUGACCGGGACUACAAUCCUUCUUCUGGCGUGGUGUCUUCUGGGAGCAGCAGAUGAAACACACCCCACGCUAAUUCCAGGAGUUAUUUUGUGGGGGCUGAGCUUCUCAGCGGCCUUCUUUCCAUGCUUGUCCGUUUCCAACCUCUUCCCCACUUCCCGCAACACAGUAAUCGGGUUGCUUGGGGCAUUUCGCACCUUGUCUAAUGCCACUCCCCUGAUACUGCGAAGCAUAGCCAUGAACAACCCUACACUGGCGCCACGUUUGUUUUAUGGAUACGGUGGGUUGUGUAUUGGAGUUUGCGUUAUUAUCGCCACCCUCUUGUUCCCGACGCGUCAGUGGCAAGUUCUUCCCUCCCUAGCAAAAGCUGCUGGAUUGGUGCCGACCGAUGCUCGAACAGGGGAGGGCGUUACACCGACAAGUCCCAGCGAGGCCGAUGCUGUGCGCGGUGACAGGGGAAAUGUAGAACUCAUAGGGGGCGGUCGGGGUUUUUCUCGGUCGCUUUCAACGUUCAGAACCAUCACACUGAUGGCCGGGGGGGAUCGGGAUGAGGACCAGACGCAUAUCGACCUUUUAGAAGCGGCGGUGCUGCGGCAAGACACUCUGGUGACGAUGCAACGUGGCACAACAGCAGCCAUGGUGUCCCGACGAGCAGACUGGCAGGCAUUCCUCCAGGAAGCGUGUUCUAUUGUCUUUAUUCCUCUGUGUGUAUAUGAAGCCCUCAUGCUGCUGUCAAACAGCUUCUUCUCUUCGGCCGCUCGUCACCUCCUUCCCGCGGCAUACGAAGCGAACCAGAUCAUCCAGAUCUUUGCUUUUCUGCCUGCUCCUCUGCUGGGACUCCUUGCAGACAAAACCGGGAUUCUUGUUACCAUGGCAGUAUUGAACGGGGCUGGACUCCUUGCAUUCAUCCUCGCGAUCAUCCCGGAGGUGCCCGCCGCUGUGGCAUGUCAGUACCUCGCUAGCCUCUGCAUAGCAGUCAACAGUUCUUUCAUCAUCAGCCAGGUUUACUGCUACAUCAACCAGAGUUUUCAGGAAGGACAUGCGGGCAAGCUCAUUGGCCUUGCAUGCCUCAUUGCGGGGCUUCCUUCUUUGGCAGCCAACGCAAUGCUCUCCACCGCUGUAAGUGAAGGGUUUCCCAAUAUUAUGGCUCUUUGCAUAGGAUUUCUCAGUGUAAACUUUUUUCUCAUUGGAGGAUUGGCUGCCGCUCGCCGUCAGAGGGCUCAGAGAGUCCUUGCGGAGACCGAAGUCGCCUUCCAACCAGACAUGGCAGCAGCGUGA